UUUCAGUCGGUGAGGUGUACGGUACCUUGUAGCGGGUCUGUUUAAGCACACACACGCACAUACUGUACACGCGCCGUGUAUGAAUGAUUGGAUGCUGACAGAGAGAAGAGAGGAGAUAAACGCUUAGGAGCGGGGACAGCACUGCAGAGCUGUAGACGGCUCCUUUCUGCGGCAGGCAGCAAAAAAUUGUGGCGCUUCCAGCUGAUUCAGACGCGCUCACCUGACACGGAGACGCAAAAAGACCUUGGCUGGGGGAGUAACCCAGUCUACCGGUGUAUGGGAUUAAACAGAUUGUGGAAUUGGCUCCACUGCCAUUUUUGUGGAUAUUAUGUAAAAGCAAACAAGCAAGCAAGCAAACAAACAAAACCUAGUCCGCUUGGCCCUCCUGGCUCCAUUCAAGAUUUUGUCCUGGUGGAUUGACGUUAAGGGGGCAACUGGAAACCCGUUUGCAUACUAAUCAGGUUGUGGAGCGGAUAUCCAGAGCGCACAUCCAGAGUGGGUCAGAUGAAUGUGUAGCACAGGCUAGCCAUGUCUAUAAAAAGUAAAGGGUCAAGAUGGAGGGCUUCGUCCAAUGGACCCUGUGUGUGUUCAGGUGUCUGGCGAUGGGAGCCACUAUUUUAUUUCUGCAUCAUCCUUGCCCUUAUUCAGUCGGCAACUGUCCUUGGAGCAUUGGAACUUCAGCUGGAUGAAGAGCAGCCAGCAGGGACCAUCGUUGGUGACAUCAGUGCUGGGUUACCACCUGGUGAAGUAGCAAGUCUUUACUUCAUCUCUGAUCAUGAAGGUACAGGUGUUGGCAAUGAUCUCAACAUUGAUGAAACCACAGGCAUCAUUACCACUGCGCGCCGUCUGGACCGUGAGCAGAGGGAUCACUACAGUUUUAUUGCUGUGACAGUGACUGGCAUUACUGUUGAGGUGUCAGUCACUGUCAAUGACAUCAAUGAUCAUGCACCUGUGUUCCCCAAAAAGAAAGCUGUUCUUAAGAUCCCUGAGCACACAGCAGUGGGGACAAGGUUUUCCCUGGAGCCUGCGACUGAUGCGGACCAGGACCAGCUGACCACCCAGGGCUAUGCUAUUCGAGAGGGCAAUGUAGGCCAGGCAUUCAGACUGGAGACCAAGAGAGCUGCUAACAAGGUUCUGUAUCUGGACCUGGUGGUCAAUGGGCUGCUGGACAGAGAGAAACGUUCAUCAUACCCCUUGGUCCUGGAGGCCUUUGAUGGGGGCUCACCUAGAAGAAUAGGAUCCAUGACCCUGGAAGUGACAGUGACUGACAUCAAUGAUCACGCACCUGUCUUUAAUCAGAGCAGAUACCAUGCUAUUAUCUCUGAAAGUCUUCCACAAGGAAGUAACAUCCUGCAGGUGUUUGCAACAGAUGAGGAUGAGGGCGAUAAUGGUCUAGUGCUUUUUGAAAUCAACCGGCGUCAGAGUGAUCCUGACCGCUUCUUUGUCAUGGAUAUUAAAUCAGGGGUCAUCACUCUGAAUAGACCUCUGGACUAUGAGGUAAAGAGGGUCCAUGAACUGGUGGUCCAGGCCAGAGAUAACGCCAGCCACCCAGAAGUGACCAAUGCAUUUGUGACUAUCCAUGUCCGUGACUACAAUGACAACCAGCCCACCAUGACCAUCAUCUUCCUCAGUGAGGACGGUUCUCCAAGAAUCUCAGAAGGAGCCCAGCCAGGGCAGUAUGUAGCUCGCAUAUCUGUCACUGAUCCAGACUAUGGAGAGUACGCCAAUGUCAAUGUGUCCCUUGAGGGUGGAGACGGGAAGUUUGCUCUUACAACCAAGGACAGCAUCAUUUACCUAAUAUAUGUUGACCAAGUCUUGGACAGAGAGGAGCGUGAUUCAUAUGAUCUCAGGGUCAUGGCCACAGACUCUGGCACGCCUCCCCUCAGGGCAGAGUCAUCUUUCACCAUUCAGGUGACUGAUAUCAAUGAUAACCCUCCUCUGUUCGACCAGCAGGCCUACAGACAAACUAUUCCUGAGGUUGUGCAUCCUGGAUCAUUUGUUCUUCAGGUUACUGCCAGGGACAAGGACCAGGGCCCCAAUGGGGAUGUGCGAUAUAGCCUCCUCAAGGGCAAAAACUCUCACUCUGAUUGGUUUUCCAUUGACCCCGUCACAGGGAUCAUUACCACCAUGGCUGCUCUGGAUUUUGAAUCAGAACCAGCACCUAGUGUGACCGUUGUUGCAACAGAUAGCGGCCGCCCGCCUUUGUCAUCCACAGCGAAGGUGGACAUUGUGCUGCAGGAUGUCAAUGAUAACACACCUGUGUUCUCCAGCAACUUCUACAAUGCUUCCAUCAAAGAGAACACCCCAGCUGGGACCUGCUUCUUAGAGGUGUCAGCCAUCGAUGAGGAUCGUGGUUCCUUUGGCGUCGUGUCUUACACCUUGGGUUCAGGCUCUGGAGCUAUGCUGCCAACACACUUUACCAUAGACAAGAAGACAGGCCAGCUGUGCACCAGCACAGCUCUGGACCGGGAUGAGGGAAUAGACAAGUUUGACUUGACUGUCACAGCAACAGAUGGAGGUGGUCUGAGCUCAGUAGCACGUGUGCGGGUCUCAGUGGUGGACAUUAAUGACAACCGGCCCACCUUCUAUCCAGUCCUCUACACAGUCAGUCUCAGUACCCACAGUCCCCCAGGAACCUCCGUUGUCAAGGUAACAGCCAAUGACCCUGAUGCUGGGGAAAAUGGCAGGGUGACCUACCGCACAGUACCUGGAGGAGGCUCUGCUUUCUUCACCCUCAACAAGGACACAGGUGUGAUUUCUCUCUCUCGCUCACUCCAUGGCAAAGCCAAUACGAUCAUCUCCAUGGUGAUAUCAGCUGAAGACGGCGGUGGUCUGACAGCGCCAGUCAAUGCCAGGGUGAACGUGAGUGUGGUGGGAGGCUCGCUGUCGGCUCCCGUGUUUGAGCAGGCGCAGUAUUUCUUCACUGUGUCUGAGGACGUUCUCAGGGGGACAGCGGUGGGAGUGGUCCGCGCUGGUACCAAGGCGGGCAUUUCUAAGGAUAUCUUCUAUUCUAUUUCUUCUGGAGACCCUGAUGGUUACUUCACAGUGGACAGCGCUUCUGGUACCAUUCGUACAGCCCUUCCUCUGGACCAUGAGACCUGCUCUAGUCUUGACCUGGAAAUCCAGGCACAUUCCGGUUCUCCUCCAACAUACGGAACCAGCCGGAUACACAUAACCAUUUCAGAUGUCAAUGACAAUGCCCCCACUUUCCUCCCCUCCUCAUCAGAGUCCCUCCUUUUAACUGAGAUCACCAAAAUGGGGACUGUUAUUUACCGCAUUCAGGCUACUGACAAGGAUUCUGGUCAUAAUGGUCAGCUCAGCUUUGACCUGGUGUCUGCUGGAGCUGCAGGCAGCAGUGGCCAGAGGACGUUUGGUGUCGACCGUGGAAGUGGAGAGGUACGUCUCAUUGGGAGUCUGUCAUAUGAAAGCGUCCCACGGUAUGACCUUCAAGUGGUUGCUAAGGAUGGCGGAGCACCUCAGCUUAGCUCCACCUUCACCCUUGUGGUCCACAUCCAAGCACAAGAUGCACAAGGCCCCAACUUUGAUACCUUGACCUAUCGUGUGGAGCUAAGGGAAAACACACCUCUCAACACACGUUUCCUUCAGGUUCGAGCACUCAACAGAGAGGCCUCUGGGAAUGGUGGAAGCUCCUCCUCAUCAUCCUCUUCCUCUAUUUCCUACCGUCUUAGGCCUGAUGGUGACGCUGCUGGUUUUGGCAUCAUGCCAGAUAGUGGUUGGCUUUUUGUCCGUAGCUCACUGGACCGAGAGGUCAAAGAUAUGUACCUGUUGACCGUCCUGGCCACCUCAGGCCCAGGAGGAGCUGGGAGAACUGGCAGUGCCACAGUCAGGGUGACAGUGACUGAUGAGAAUGACAAUUCCCCCAGACUGAGCCAGGAGAGGGUGUUCUUGGCUGUCAGAGAGAACCUGCUGGCGGGGACGGGUUUUGGCAGGGUGUCUGCAACCGACAGAGAUGCAGGACUAAAUGCUCGACUCACCUACAGGCUGUUGCACACUGACAGACACUUUCAGAUCAACUCACAAACAGGUGAGAUCAGCACCCGCCUUGCCCUGGACAGAGAGCAGCAGUCCAGUUACCAGCUCGUUGUGGUUGUACAGGACGGGGGAACGCCUCCUCGCAGUGCCACUGGCACAGCUCACAUCACUGUGCUGGAUGAAAAUGACCAUGCCCCCAGCUUUGCUCAUGCCAGGCCGGGCAGGGAGCUGCUCCUUCAGGUGUUGGAGGGGCUUCCAUCUGGGACAGUCGUAGGGACAGUGACAGCUAAAGACCCAGAUGAGGGAGAGAAUGGAACCAUAUACUACUCUUUAUCAGGUUCCAGAGCAGAGCGUUUCUCCCUUAACCCGACCAGUGGCGAGCUGAGAACCGGUUCCCCUCUGAGACGGGCAGAGCGAGCUGAGUAUGCCUUCACUGUGACUGCUGCUGACCACGGCGCACCAGGCCUCAGCUCCACCUGCCAGCUACGGGUACAGGUUCUCAGCCCCUCCAGGUCCGACCCCAAGACCAACAUGCUCUCACUGACCCUGAACACAGUCGAAGGGGCUGCUCCGGGGUCCAUCAUUGGCUCUGUUCGCCAACAUGACAAGCAUGAAUCUUCUACACUGGAAGGCCAGGUGACCUACCUUGUAGUUGGUGGGACAGAUCGCGAUGGGACUUUCAUGGUAGAUCGUUUAAAGGGCGAUGUUUAUCUGGUACGCGAACUGGACUAUGAAAGGGGGUCAAGGUUCACUCUGCACAUCGAGGUGUCGGACUUCUCCCAGGUGUUUCCCAGCAGCCACCUGGUGCAGCUAGAUAUCAAUGUGCAAGACAGCAAUGACCACACGCCCCAGUUCAUGGAAGACCCUGUUACUAUUGUGAUCCCAGAGAACAUAGAGCCAGGGACUUCCAUAUAUACCUUCCAAGCUGUUGACCAGGAUGGCAGUGGACCCAACAGUGAGCUACAUUACUCUAUCGAGCACUACUGGCCCGACACACUUGACCUCCUGACCCUUGAUCCUUCCAGCGGAGUACUGAUUCUUGGGCAGACAUUAGAUCGUGAGUCCACACCCUCUCUCUACCUGGUGGUGCGGGCCACUGAUCAGGCGGUGGAUCCUUCUCAGAGGCGCUGGGGUUCAGUGACUGCCCAAGUGUUUGUGACAGAUGAAAAUGACAACACUCCGGUCUUCAACUCUCCAGCUGCAGUCAGUGUCAUGGAGGACCAACCUGUAGGGUUUGUGAUUCUGUAUGUGAUGGCUCAAGAUGAAGAUGAAGGAGAAAAUGGCCGUGUUUCAUACAGAAUCCAGGCAGGCAACAGUGCUGGUCGCUUCAGUCUCAACCCAACAACUGGCUCUCUUUCCAUCCUUAAAGCCUUAGACCGGGAAGAGCAAGAAGUUUUCAACCUGACUAUCGUAGCAGAGGAUCAUGGGGUACCUCAACUUUCCACCACUCAGGUGCUGUGUGUGCAGGUGAUUGAUGUGAAUGAUGAAGCUCCAGUAUUCCAACGAGCAGAGUUUGAGGCCCAGGUGAUGGAAAACCAAAGACCAGGAACAACAGUGUUGACGGUGACGGCCACUGACAGGGACCAAGGUUCCAGUGGCCAAGUGACAUACGGAGGUGUGACAGAAGAAGGCUUCAUCAUCAACCCUGUGACAGGAGUCAUCACCACCACAAGGGAACUGGACACAGAGCUACGAGAUCACUACACACUCACUGUGUAUGCCAGGGAUGGAGGGCUGCCUCCUAACUUUGCCAAGGCUGUAGUCCGUGUGGAGGUGAAGGAUAUGAACGACAAUGCUCCUGUUUUUGCAAACCCAUGGUACAGACUAGAGGUGCCAGAGAACCAGGCCCCUGUGGAGCUGUACUUUCUCAAGGCCACAGACCCUGACUCAGGUCCUGGUGGAGAGCUGGAGUACAGGAUUACUGCUGGAGACCUAGAUGGAGAUUUCCACCUACAUGUCAACACAGGAGCCCUUUCUACCUCACGUGGCCUAGACAGGGAGACAAGGGCUGAAUAUACUCUGGAGGUGGUGGCCACGGACAAAGGCAGUCCUGCUCUCAGCACUACUGUCACAGUGGAAGUUAGAGUGCUGGAUGUCAAUGACAACACCCCUGUCUUCAGCAAAAGUAGCUACACUGUCGAGGUAUCAGAAGAUGCUGCAGAGGGUACACAAGUUCUGCAGGUGUCAGCAACAGAUGCAGAUGAUCACUUGAAUGGGAAGGUUCUGUAUUUCCUUAGCCGAGAUGCAUAUGGAGCAUUCACUGUGGAUGAGAACACUGGUCAUAUCACCACAUCAGCAUCUCUGGACAGAGAAAAAAUGGCCUCAUACAACUUCCAGGUGUAUGCUGUUGACCUUUCACCUGCUGCACCCAAGAAUGCUUCUGCUCAGGUGACAGUCAGCAUUCUGGAUGUCAACGACAACACUCCUUUCUUCAUCCAGGAUCCACUGGUCAUUGAAGUGUCCAGCAGGCGUUCCCAGCGGGUUCUGGCCACCAUGAAGGCUGAGGACAAGGACUUUGGAGCUAAUGGUUCUGUGUUUUACCGUUUUGCUAUGCCAGUGAAGGGCUUCAGCAUCAACUCCCUGACUGGGGAGAUCCAGGCCACUGAACCACUGGGAGAUCUGACUCAGGCUCAGAGGACUUUGAUUGUGGAGGCUAUGGACCAAGGCAGCCCAGCUCAGUCUGCACAGGGUGUGGUGGUGAUUUAUGUGAAGGAGGUGGCGUACAAUGGCAUUCGCUUCUCUAGGAAUGCCAGAGACGUCAGCAUACAGGAGAAUGCUGCAAAAGGCACAGCUGUGGCUCAGGCUCAGGCUCAACACCCAGAUGGCACACAUAAGGGUAUCAGCUACAGCCUCUUUAGUGGUAACAGAAAGCAGGCCUUCAGCAUCAGCUCUUCAACAGGUGAAGUCUUUGUGGAGAGCUCCAAGGGACUGGACUUUGAAGACACCCCCAGACUCCGUCUAGUUGUGAAGGCUGAAACUGUGUCCUCCACAUCUUUCAUGGCUAUUAACUUGAUCCUGCAGGAUGUCAAUGACAAUCUUCCACGCUUCCAACUGCAAAAUUAUGUAGCCUACAUGAGAGAAGCACAGGGAUAUGAAAUGCCAAUUAUACAGGUGAUGGCUGAGGAUGUGGACCAGGGCCAGAAUGGUCAGGUGACCUACUCCAUCCAGUCAUCAGGCAUGAGCGGCCUGUUCAAGAUUGACCCGAUGACAGGAAGCAUCACCACAGCAGCCAUCAUGGACCGUGAGAUCUUUACCCAGACCAAGCUUGUAGUUACAGCAACUGAUAGGGGAAGUCCACGACUGGCUGGUUCAGCAACACUGACAGUGAUCAUUAUUGACCAAAAUGACAACAGUCCCACUAUUCCUUUGCCCCAAGAACUCCGCAUCCCAGAGAACACAUUGAUUGGCACAGAAAUCACUCUUGUGACGGGUAAUGAUGUCGACUCCAGUCCUGCCCUCUCCUACUCCUUGCAUCUAGACCCAACAGCCUUAGGCAAGUUUGGAAUUCACCGCUACAAUGGAGGUGUGUCGCUCACUGCCCCCCUGGACUUUGAGGAGAAGACGUGGUACACCCUUACUGUCAGAGCCACAGACAGUCAGCAUCAAACUGAGGCUAACAUUACAAUAUUGGUGGAGGACAUUAAUGACAAUGCACCUGCAUUCACCCAUGAUCUUUACCAGGUAACUCUCCCAGAGCACACGCCACCUGGAAGUGCUGUUGUUACAUUAACAGCAACAGAUAGGGACUCUGGUGAGAAUGGAAGGAUCACCUACAGAGUGGUGUCAUCAACUGAGGAGGGUUUUUACAUUGACCCCAACAAUGGAACCUUGUUCAUCAAUCACAGAGCUGAAUUCGACCCAAGGCGUCCAUCAGUCAAUAUUGUCAUUGAAGCUCGUGAUGGAGGUUCACCUUCGCUCUCCUCUCUUGCUACAGUCCAGAUUCAAAUUUCUGACAUCAAUGACAACGCUCCUGUGUUCCAUCAAUCUGAGUACAGGGCUACAGUUUCUGAGGACAGCAUACCAGGGUCAACAGUUUUGACUUUUGAGGCCUUUGACAGUGACCUCUCUCGAGAAAACUGUGGCUUUGACUUUGCUAUCGCCAGCGGGAAUGACGGAAAUGUGUUCCAGAUCGAAAGCAGUGUGCGCUUCCUGGAGGGGCGGGGCUUUCAAACUGUUGGGACUCUGCUGUUGGCUGAGGGACUUGACUUUGAAAGCAAGCCACUUUACACCCUUACUGUGGUGGUGUCAGACCGCGGUGUGCCCCAGAGGAGCUCUAGUGUUGCUGCUGUGAUAACCAUUGGUGAUGUGAAUGAUAACCCUCCGGUGUUCAGCAGAGCAGAAUACACAGUGUCACUGAGUGAGGGAGCUGCUGCUGGGACUGAGAUCAUACGUCUGACUGCUACAGAUCCAGACUCAACUGCCAAUGCUGAGGUUCAGUAUACUAUCAGCUCUGGUGAUGAGGUGAACUUAUUUACCAUGGAUCAGUGGACUGGAGCCUUGCGGCUUCAGCAAGCACUUGACCGUGAGCACCAGUCCACACAUAUUGUCAUCAUCCAGGCCACAGAUGGACAGGGACACUUUGCUCUAGCCCCAGUCAUUGUUGAGGUCAAAGAUGUAAAUGACAAUCAUCCAUUCUUCCCCAUUGAAGUUCUGACAGCUAGUAUCAGAGAAAACCAACCUGUAAACUCAGCUGUGACUGUUCUCCAUGCCAUAGACCAUGACACAGGGGUUUUUGGCCAGCUAAAAUACUACAUGGUGGAGCGGUCUGGGGUUGGAAGAGACAGCUUUACUGUGGAUCAUAACUCUGGAGAAAUCAGAAGUAAAAUUCCCUUUGACUAUGAAAAAGUCAACUCCUUUAACUUUGUGGCUUUGGCAGUAGAUUCAGGAAACCACUCAGCCACUGUGACUGUACAGGUGUUUGUCACGGGUGAGGAUGAGUAUGACCCGCUCUUCACAUCCUCUGAUUUCUCUUUUGAAGUCCCAGAGGGAGCCAAGAAAGGCCAGAGCAUCGGCCAGGUCCAAGCAAAUGAUGAGGAUGGAGGGGUUGAUGGUAUUGUUCUCUAUUCUCUUCCCACCAGCUCUCCGUACUUUGAGGUAAACAAAACCACUGGGGUGAUUUUCCUCAAGUUGGACAAUUCAGGAAGCAGUAGUAACAGUGCUUCAGGCCGAGCCAAGAGGGAAACCAGGCUCAUGACUCUUGAUGUUAAAGCUCACAGUCCUCUGGAUACAUCUCGCUUCUCUACAGCCCGUGUCUCCAUCGAUGUCACAAACACCAACUUUGGCCUGGCUCCUGAUGUCAACAUCCUGCUGAUUAGUAUCAUUGCUGUGUCUCUUGGUUUUAUCAUAUUGCUUGUGGUCAUGGCUGUGGUGGUGUUCCUGGUCAAAUCACGCAGGAGAAAGAAAGGGCAGGAUGCAGGAACUGUCGCUUCAGGAACUGCUCUGCAGAAACUGGAUGACUGCAACUCAGGAUCAGGAGGAGAGAGGCUCUACCACCAGGCUUUACCAGGAUAUGCUGGAGAUCAGGGUGGAGCCGGUGGUGGUCCCUACACUAGAGGAGGCUCCCUGGAUCCUUCUCACUCCAGUGGAAGAGGAUCAGCUGAGGCAGCGGAGGAUGAUGAAAUCAGGAUGAUAAACGAGUACCCUCGUGUCGCCUCCAUCACCUCAUCCAUGCAGGAGCACAUCUCAGCCAGAGGGCCAGACUCGGGAAUUCAGCAAGAUGCUGACCAGCUCUCUGAUAUCUCCUGUGAGCCUGCAGCUUUGGAGGGCAGUUCUUGGUUCAAAGGAAAGAAACUGGGAGGCAGUCUCAGUGGGACCUUGCUCUCUGGUCAGCUCCCUGUCUAUAGGGAUGAAGGAGGUGGGUACCUGGGAGUAGGCCGUGGCCUUAACAUUUCUCUCCCCAAGGAUUAUGCCUUCCCUGAAGAUGGUAAACCUUCAGUGGAUGGUUCCCUCACAGCUAUUGUCGCCAGUGAUGAGGAGCUGCGUGGAAGUUAUAACUGGGAUUAUCUCCUUAACUGGUGCCCACAGUUCCAGCCUCUGGCUAAUGUCUUCACAGAGAUCGCCAGGCUGAAAGAUGAAACUGCCCAGCAGAGCCAGAACCCUCGCCAACCCUUCCAGCCUAAGCCCAAAAUGGAUCCUAAACCUAGAAUUGACCCUCCACCACUCAUCACAUCAGUAGCCCAUCCAGGGGCCAUGUCAGUUCCUCCAAAGGUCCCUGUGAUUGGACGGACAUUCCCUCAUUUGGCCUCACUUCGCAGGUCCCCUAUCAGUCAUGAAGGAUCCAUUUCAUCAGCAGCAAUGUCCCCCAGUUUCUCCCCUUCUCUGUCCCCACUGGCAGCUCGGUCUCCAGCUGUCUCUCCCUUUGGAGUCAAUCAAGGUCCCUCAGCAUCCAUGAUCAGCACCAGGGAACCCUCACUGGACCAGAGUCCUGAUCACGAGAUGAGAAUAUGAUGGAAAACCUAGAAAACUAUUUAAGGAAGAACUUUAAGGCUGACAACCCGAACAAAGCAUGAUGAAGCAUGCUUCUGGCUGCUCUUAAGAAGGCCAGUGAGGUGUUAGUUGUACAGUUAUUUUCAGAAAACAUUGCUUCACAAAUGUCCAAAUAGGGUUCAAGCAUCCUAUCAUAUGACUUACGGACAGUAAACAAACCCACAACAAUAUGCUCAACUUCUGGUAGAAAUUUUGAAUUCUUUGAAGUACUUCCAUGAGUGUUAUGGGAACACACAAAGUGGAACAUGUGCCUAGGUUGAUAGGACCAGCCCACCCUUCCACAGUGACGCAGGUCUCCAUGAACUGAUCAGGGUUAAGAGAUAAACUGACCUCUUCACAGGAAUGUGCACUUACCAUGCCCUGCAGUCUGAGAUCUCUUAGUGUGUAGAUAGAUCAGUGUGUAUAUUUCAUGUUUCCUCACUGGCUGGCCAGAGAGCUAAGGACCUUGUUCCUCUCUUGGUAAUUGUGGACAUUUUUCUACUUCAGUAUUAAACUCAUCUAGUGGCUGCUUUUUGAAUGGCCUCUGGAUAUAAGUGUGAAUCGCAUGAACAGACAAACGGUGUGGUUGCAAAGACACAGAUUCAUUGAAUUUCCACACGAUGGAAAGCAAUGAGGACUAUUGUUUUUCUCACUAAUUCAAAUGACACUUUUUUAAUUUUACUUUUAUUUUAUAGAUUUUUAUAUGAAAUUAGAUCCAGAAAUAUCAUUAUUCCACAUGAUUUUUUUGUGUAUUUGCAUAUAUGUAUAUUUGUAUGUAAGCAGGCUAUGCUAUGUAUUGUAUGAGUGUCCUAGGUUUUAGAGACUUGUGACUGUUCCGAUAUGAGUGAAAGGAAUACUUUUGUGUUUUCAGCAUUAUUUAUAUAAAAAGAAGACUUGCUGCAACAUUUCUACAGUAGGAAACUGGGCAAAGCAGACAAUAUGUUGUUCUGUUACCUUCACAGUUACUUUUUUGUCAAAUUGUAGAUCCUCCCAAAUCCAAAACAACAACUGGAUGGAAACCUGUGGUCAAUCUGAAUGCCUGAUUCUUCAACAGUCCAAUAGCAUUUUGUGCCCAGCAGCACAUUCCCUUUGUUUUUCAGGGACAGUGCUGUUUGCUGAUCACCUCUGUGUCUUUCAAAGAAAGUGCUUCCUAAUGUCAAUUACACCAGUCACUAACUUAAAUGCAUUAUACUGUGAAGUUGUUCAUCUCAGCACAACAGAAAUAAUGUUCAUUGAACAGGCUGGGAUUCUCAUAAACAAGUGGAGAAUAACUUGGACAAAUGUAGCACAUGAGCCAAGACAGGUGGGAAGCAGAAGCCUGACUGCAUGAGCCCUGAUGAAUGUACUAAGAUUUAGCAACCAGUGCAGCAUUUAUGUUCCAUGUCAGCUCUCUGUUCUGUGCAUUUUAUUUUUGUGAUUCACACAUCAAGCUUGUCAAUGACAUGAUGAAGUGUUUUCAGGUUCCAUGUGUUUAACUCAUCAUCUGCACCUUCUCUUUUUACUUUCAUCAUUCCCAUCCACUUUUAGUCAUUUUAUAGUGUAGCAUGAGGCAAAAAGCUCAGUUUUUUUUUCUUCCAUGUGUAUUUAUCCAUCCAGGCCUGUUUUGAAUAAUUUGGGGUAAUUUCAGAUUGGAUGUCCUCUUGUUUUCAAGAGAUGGCCUCUACCUCUGUUCUUUGUUCAGCAUAACCCUACAAAUCACUUCAUGCAAUGCAUGAAGUUGAGCUAAAAGCUACACGUGCCAUGAGCCUAAAUCCAGCACAAUACAACUCUUAAUCACGCUGUCUCGGAAACAUUUCUGUAUUGGAGGAGCUCCAUUUGGAGUUCUGUUGGAGAUGACUGCCAGGGACUGAUGAGUGGCGCAAUGGCAGACAAAAAGAGUUGUACAUGUAUUUAAAGCAAAUAAUAAAUUCCUACUGAUCUUUUUUGACAGACUGGAGUCAGAUUUAAUCUUUUUUUUUUUUUCAGAGUUCAAACCAAGAAAUAAUUAAAGUUUGACAGUGUUCCAGAUAUCUGUGCAGUGAAUGGUAACUUUGAAGAGCUGGAGUUAAAUCCUGUCAUUUGGGAUGGGCAGAAUCACAGCUGGUCAUAUGAGGACAGUAAGCCAGGAGACGGAGCCAAAUGUUUAGCACAGUUACCACAUGGCUUUUAAGAACAGCAAUCAAUCACCUGAAGGUAUAAGUGAACAGGCUGCAAGAUGUUAAAGCCAAGAUUAAAUUUAAAGGAUAAAACUGAAAAGAAAAUUUUAAGAAGACACAUUAAAAGAUUAUCUGAGAUUAUCUGUCCACUAACCACUGCCAAAAUAUGUAUAGCUUGGUAUCACAGUUAUAGUAAUAGACUGAUUUACAACACAUGCUAUGACAUUUGACUUUACUUUUAUAUACUGUAAAUUGUUACAAUGAAUUUUGAUUUUCCAUCCUGAAAUGCCCACCCCCCAGCACCCUCUUACAUUUGCUCCUAGGUAAAGCUUCUAUUACAAGAUACAGUAAAAGUUAGUGUUAUGAGGGAACCCUGAGAUCUAGCCAAGAUCCAGUCAGGCACUGGAUUCACUUCUUCCAGCUCAAAUAAACACAAUUAAUUGCAGUAAUAACAAAAUGUUUAUUUCAUAUGGAGCACAGGCCUGUUUACAUAGCUGCAUUGGAUUUCUGCCUCAUUUGGUCAUCACACACAGCCGUGCAGUGUUUCUCUGUUGUCAUGUACAGAAGCAACUGAACAUGGCUUAUAACAAGCUGUAAGAGAAAGAAGACAGAAGCUCCUGUGGCACAAGGGAUACAUUUCUGUUGAAAUGAGAGGUGAUGAUAAAUCUCACAUUUGAAAUAGAAACCAUAUUUGAACGCUGACAUAUUUAUAUAGAAAUGUUCUUACAUUUCUGGUCAGUGGCAGUAUAAUGGUACAAUUCACAGGCUGAUUAGACAUGCAUAUUUAAUCAUUCUGCAUUAUACAAUUAUAACUUAUCUGGCUAAUUUAAAAACACAGUAACUAAACUAUAUUUGAAAAAAAAAGGCUUGUGGCUUUCACUUAAAUGCUCACCUCAACACAGCUGUGUUUCCAGCCAUGCUGUCCAAAGACUUUUGCAGCCUACUCCUUCACUAACUUCACACAACUCAAAAUAAUGUGCACACCCAUACUUAGAGAGUACUACAGGGUGACACACACGACCCACAACAGUCUCCCUAGCGGAUCCUGGCCACGAUCCAGCUCCUGCAGGCGGAUACUUGGCAGGUUUUGUAGUUGCAAAAUCUGGGAGAAAUCUGUCUGAAGCAGAAGUCUAGCCACUGGGGAUGAUAAUAAGUCACAAAUUUAAUCCUUGCUGUAGUACGAUAUUGGUGUUUGUGUGUAUGUGUUUUGUUAGGACAUUUAAUAUAAUGUAAUGGUAGUCCCUGACUGUUGUGGUAAACUGCAAAGUCCCAAUUCUGUGCUAUGCAUAUAUAAGAUAACGUAUACCCCAUAACAUAUAUCAGGUAUUCAAGUAAUAAUCGCCAUGGUAUUGAAAACCUCUUGAACUCCUGAAAUACAGUAAAUGUGUUAUCAGUGGAAAGAGUCAUUUGUCAGGACAAGAUGGGCCCAAUACUCACUUCAACAUCACAUUUCAAUUUUACCUAUACUCAAGUUUGUUUCCUCUUCAAAUCCUUUAAAGGCCCCAAAAACCUUUUAAAUAAAUGUAUUACUCUUCAAACUUAAACUUUGAUAGUCACUUUAGUCAUGAAUAUAUAAUAUUUAUGAUUUGAAACACACAUUUUCUUUCUGUUUAGACCAGUGUAAAAUAUGAAAUUUGGUAGAAGUCUAGAGUCAGAGCAGAUCAGAGAUAGACAUACAGUACAGGAGUGUAACAGAACUGUUACAUUUAAAUGGUUUAGAAAGACAGUUUUCAACUUCAGGACAUAAAAAGGAUUCACACGAAUGAAUGAAAGAAAAUAAAGACAAGUAAAUAGAUAUGUAAAACAUUCCUAAAUAUGAGUUUAAUGCACAACCAAAUGAUGCCACUCUUACAGCAGCAUAUGAGUUCUGACUUUCAGUGGACUACAAAUGCAGAUUUUCAAUUCAACUUUAAAUUGUUAACAAGGCAUCACUUCUACUGACAGCCCUAGAAUUUAUUUAAUUGAAAAGAGAGACAUACUGAUAUAGUUUGAUAAAUCCUAUCCUCCACAAAUGUCAACACACUGUUAAAGACCAUGCCUUCUUUCCAUUUGGUCUUCGUAAUCUGACAUCCUAAUAGACUUAGCCCAUGAUGUAAUUAGUAUCCAGGAGUUCUUUCAUUUUGACUUUAAUCGGUUCAGCUACGAUGAAUCAGUAAAUGCGCAUACACAUACACUACUACUGCUACAGAGCAAAAUAUGCCCGUAGCUGUAUAGUGUGAAGAAUUGUGCACAAGAAUUUAUACCUGAGAAAAAUAUGAAUGAGCCGCAUCAGUUGCUGAACUAGUCGUGAAUGUAGGUCAGAGUACACGUACACUGUAGCGAAAAGAAAAAACAAGAACACAAGUAGGAGCAGCUCUGGAAGUAACUUUUAACUGAGGUUUAGGUUCUGCAGGGGUUUCUUGAAUUGUUAUUUGUCAGAGUAUGUGUAAAUUAUUCCUCAUAUCAGUGACACGCUGCUGUUAAUAUUAGACCCAAUUGGGGCAUCUGUUGCGUAAGUGAAACAAUAUUGUGUUUUACAAAUGUUCUGCAAACAUCUGAAAGAUAUGAAUAUUUUUGCCUAGAGGAUCCUCAUCUUAAUGCUUAAAUUUGUUUCAUUCUGAUGAAACACCAGUGAAACUUUAAAAUAAAACUACAGUCUGUUUUCAUUUUAAGUCUAGAACUGCACUUGGAUGGCUGGUCAGUUUUGUAUUGUAACUUGACACUAACAAAUUUCUAUGUUCUGAAAAGGAUAACUGACAGACAUUAAUUAAGCUUCAUUUUCAUAUGUGUUUUCACUGCUUUCUCUUAUUAUUCACGUGCUUGAAGAUAUAUCUGCCACAAACACCUAUUUUGUAAUUUGCCCGUGACAGUGUUCAUCAUUUAGCAUUUUGUUUUAUUUGAGUCAACAGUGUCAUACUCUUGUUUAUGGUCAGUUGAGAAUGUUUUAGUUCAAAAGUCUGUUGUUCGAUUUACCCAGAAAUCUCUUUGAACAGAUUUCCAGAACUACAAACAAGACCUGGAAGUUAGCUAAAGCCACUUCUGCUCCGAGGUCAGGCGGGCCCCAGUGAAACUGUUCACCCUCUCUGCUAACUGUAGAAAUGACCAUGAGCAUGUAGAGAAAUACCCUUGAUUUAUGAUUGAUCACCAUGAUCCAUCUGGUUUUUAAGGAGUUUCUUUGUUGGCCU